GCGGAGGCCCGGAGCCGCGAGCCCAGGAGCCCGGAGCCCGCGAGCCCAGCGAGACAAAAUGGGUGAAUUGCCCUUAGAUAUCAACAUCCAGGAACCUCGCUGGGACCAAAGCACUUUCCUGGGCAGAGCCCGGCACUUCUUCACUGUGACUGACCCCCGAAAUCUGCUGCUGUCUGGGGCACAGUUGGAAGCUUCCCGAAGCAUCGUGCAGAACUACAGGGCUGGUGUGGUGACCCCAGGGCUCACCGAAGACCAGCUGUGGAGGGCUAAGUAUGUGUACGACUCUGCCUUCCAUCCGGACACGGGAGAGAAGUUGGUCCUGAUUGGCCGCAUGUCAGCCCAGGUGCCCAUGAACAUGACCAUCACUGGCUGCAUGCUCACCUUCUACAGGCAGACCCCCACCGUGGUGUUCUGGCAGUGGGUGAAUCAGUCCUUCAACGCCAUCGUGAACUACUCCAACCGCAGUGGUGAUGCUCCCAUCACUGUGGGGCAGCUGGGAACAGCAUAUGUGAGCGCCACCACUGGCGCUGUGGCCACAGCACUGGGACUCAAAUCCCUCACCAAGCACCUGCCCGCCCUGGUUGGCAGGUUUGUGCCUUUUGCAGCUGUGGCAGCUGCCAACUGCAUCAAUAUCCCCCUGAUGAGGCAGCGGGAGUUGCAGGUGGGCAUCCCAGUAACUGAUGAGGAGGGGAAGCGACUGGGACACUCCGUGACUGCAGCUAAGCAAGGAAUCUUCCAGGUGGUGAUAUCAAGAAUCUGCAUGGCGAUUCCUGCCAUGGCCAUUCCCCCCGUGAUCAUGGACACCCUGGAGAAGAAAGCCUUCCUGAAGCGCCGCCCCUGGCUGGGGGCACCCCUGCAGGUGGGACUGGUGGGCUUCUGCCUGGUAUUUGCCACCCCCCUGUGCUGUGCCCUGUUCCCUCAGAGAAGCUCCAUACACGUGAGCCGGCUGGAGCCAGAGCUAAGAGCUCGGAUCUGUGAGGAAAACUCCAGCAUCGAAGUGGUUUACUACAACAAGGGGCUCUGAGGGAGGUCAGCACCCACCCCCUUACCCACCCCCUUGGGCUACUGCUUUAAUGGAGCCUUGCCAUCCCUACCACUUGCCCAUCUGCUGGGUACUGGGCAGAGACUUAGGGGACAGCAGCCAUUGAGACCAACAAUUACUAAGCUGGAGAGGUGCCCCUCUAAGCCUUUUUCUUUUUGUUUCUGGGUUCAAAGGGUAGGGUCACCUUUCUCCUCGCUUGUGUGUCUACAUGUACACAUGUGUGAUAGAUAUAUGUAUAUACCUGCUGUCUGGAAACUAGAGACAGAUGUGCUGUCCUGUCCUGGGGUGUCCUCAUAUCUGGCUUCCCCUCUUGGCUUCCUGCCACCCACCAGCCAGCCAGGUCACAGGACCUCCUUCUACCAGCCAAGUCAUUUCCUUCUGUGCACAGAAGGAGCCCCAGGCUCUCCAGAAAAAACUGAGGUACACUUGUAGGUCACACUGGGCUGAAUCCUUCAGAUUUCUGAUUCCUGGCUCCCAAAGCUGACUUGGAACUGGGGUGGCGGGGGAAUACGGGAUGAGGGAGGCAGGGGGCUGAUGCAUCCUUCAGUGCCAUCGCCCAUCCUGGAAUAGAUCAUUCCACCAGAACAAACGAGGGUCAGUUUCCUGCACCAUGCUGGCCAUCUCCCCACCCCACCCCACCCCACAGUGUGCAUCUUCAGGCACAAUUUUAUGGGGUCUUGGUCUUCUCUGACAUCAUAACUUCAAAUCUAAGCCUACACUCCACCCCCCUCCCAAAAGCCACGAAGGCAGAACAAGCAUUCCCCUUUCAGGCUCCCACCACCCUCUUACGGGGAACACAGCUGUGGGAAUGGUGCUUAAGCUCCACAGGUAUCCAGGUUGGUGUCACUAGGACAACUUCAAAAGCAACUAGGCCCCAACUGUAAAAUCUUAAGACAGGGAAUUGUGUGUUACAUUGAUCUAUGUGAGACACUCAGCAGAACUCCAGCCUGAGCUCCUUCUCUUUCUUGAGAUUUGGCUCUGUCGCUACCCCCGCUUCCACCCCCAAGAGGAGGAAAGGCCCGGGCAUCAAUGGCUGGUCCAAACAGGAGGUGGGCUUGGGGAUGGCGCAUGUGGUGGCAAACUCCUCAAUGCAGAGUUGGAUGUUGGCUCCAGCUCCUAUGACUUGGACUGAAGCAGGAAGUGGGCUAGAUGAAGGCCCAAAGGGGACCCUAUGAGAACACUCCUGCCAACCAACUGCCACCAGUGAUAAAAGCUAUGAUGCCGUUGUUACUCAAUAAACUGCAAACCUGUGUGCUUCUUAGCCUCACCUGACUUCUGGUCCUGAGUGCCUAGGAGGAGCCUCAGGUGUCUGGCUUUCCCUUCUCUGUCCUUCCUCCUCUUCUGUAGGGAGCCUCUCCGCCAGCAGAGGGCGCUCUAAGAUUAGAAAAAUCAGUCCCUAAGCCCCCUGAGUAUGAGAAGUAGAGGGGGCUAUAGAUCCCUCCACCUUGCAUUCCCUUAAGCCAGUGGAGUCUUGGCUUCAUUUCAUUUUUGUUGUUGUUUUUGGUGCUGGUGGUUAUAAAACUUGUAUUACUUUUAACAAUGUAUGUACAUUC